GCCUCCUCAAAAGACGUUGUCAGACAGCUAUGCCAAGAGAGCUUUUCCAGGUCAGCCCUCGGCUCAAAAACACUCUUGGAUACCACGUGUUCCAGCUUGUCUGUGACCCAGGAGGAGGCGGAGCAGAGCAGCAGGUGAGCUCAGGGACAGACCGAGGCACGUGGCCAUCGGCUCCUGCGAAAGAGGCCUCAGGACUCACGAGGCCACGGUGAAUGGCUGUCACAGUGUGUGGCUGGUGGGGGGAGAGCCUGGCCCCGGCCCCUGCCUGCUUUCCCUCAGCGCCCAGGACGCCCAUCUCCCUCCUGCAGCUGCUCCAGGCUCUGCACCGCCUCACCAGGCUGGCGGUGUUCCGUGACCUGGGCUCCGCCGAGGCGGUUCUGGCUCUCUUCCCGGAAAACUUCCACCAGAACCUCAAAAACCUCCUGACGAGAAUCAUCCUGGAACACAUAUCCACGUGGAGGACUGAAGCCCAAGCAAGUCUGAUCUCUCUGCCGCGCCUGGUCGAUCUGGACUGGAGGGUGGACAUCAAAACCGCCUCCGACAGCAUCAGCCGCAUGGCCGUCCCCACCUGCCUGCUGCAGAUGAAGGUCCAAGAAGACCCAAGCCUGUGUGGGGACAAACCCUUCGUCUCAGCCGUCACCGUGGAGCUGAGUAAGGAAACGCUGGACACUAUGUUGGACGGGCUGGGCCGCAUCCGAGACCAGCUUUCUGCCAUGGCCAACAAAUGACCCCGGCCAGCUGCCGGCCCCAGCUGCUGUCUGCGGUGGAGCACCUCGAGACCCAGGGUGGGCGGCCCAGCCUGUGGUGGCCGCAGCUACGGGACGGUGGGGGUGCAGGGGGGCUGCCGUCUGGAAGGCACACCUGCACCGGGAAGUAGCAGCCACGCCCCCACGCCGUCCUCCUCUUCGCCGUCCUCCUCUUCUCCGUCCUCUUUCUGACGCCGGUGCUCAGGAGCCUCCUUCUGUGGAAUGCCCCUGCUCUGCGUGCAGUGAUUACCGCAGUGGCGGGUGAGGGAGCCUUUGCUGCGGCUGCUGCCUCAGCGCGUCUGCUGAGAGAGCUGGUCUAAUAAGUUCCUUUCCAGCACUGGAGCUCGUGGGGGGAGCAGCUGGGCGACGCCAGCGGCUCGUGCUUCUCUGUCCAAGAAACUGGGCAUACCCCACGGAGCAGCGUCACCGCAGUGGGCCCCCCGCCCUGAGUCCAGAGCCUUCCCUGCUCCCUCGGCCCGGCUGGACCUGUCAGCACAGGAAGUCUGAAGGGGGGGCCACUGAUAAAUGUAGCCACGCCUGGGUGAAGACGUGGAAGGGACUGGGAAUAAACAGCAGUUCUGAAAA